AGGAUCAUUGUAGUCAGAACACUGGCACAAUGUGGGUGUAGGAUUUUACAUUGAUAACUUAAAUGACAACCCAUGUCAGUUUACUUGUACUUGAUGAAAAUGUGAAAAUGGUCACAACCAAGGGACUGUGAAUCAAUCCAUUUCAAUGACACAACACACAUUUGACUGCUCCCACAAGGACAAAAAUACAAGUAUACUUUAACAGAAAGGUGAAAUCCUCAGUCUUCAAAAUAAAUGGAGACCAAAGAUCUGCCUCUCAUUCCUAAUGAGCUCCUUGAGAAUGAUUCAAUGUACGAAGGAUCACUCGAUGGGUUUAAUGGAAGGAAUCUCUCAAAACUCAAUCUCUGUGAAGAAAGACCACCCGGAAGGCGAGGGAAGCCAAGCACCUUUCGCCACCACUGGAAUUCAAUGGCAGGAAUCAAAUGUGCCGUAAUCAUCCUCUAUCUGCUCAUGUUCCUCGUCUGUAUUACAACUUUCAUCAUCGCAGUUCCGAAAUAUCAAAGCCUGACUGCAGAUUGGAAAAUAUUGACAGAUAAUGUUACAGUGCUAAGCGAAGGCUUCAGAGAUAUGCAUCAAACUGUGGAGCAGAAGGCACGCAGGGGGGAUGUCAUGGAUAAUAUUUUGAAACUUCAUGAACUUUUCCAGAACCACUCAGUCCUAUUGCUUCAGCUGAGAGAGUCUGUUUGGAGACUAGAAAACAAGUUACAGAUCUUGGAGGAUCAGACUGACAACAUAAACACAUCUGUGAGUGAUUUAGAAGACGACUUACAGGAGUUUCGUUCAACAGACAGGCAAGAGACAUACAAUUUGUCUACAGGUUUAAACAGUGCACAGUUUGCACUCCAGCACCAGCAGACAAUCCUGAAACAGAUAACAACAAAUGUAGGAAAUCUGACUGAACAGGUAAAGGAGGUAUGCGGGUCGCUCAGUACAGUCAAUGGCACCCACACAGAGGACAUUAGCAGCCACCACACAAGCAUUCAUCAGCUUCGAAUGCAAUUAGCAAAUGUAUCGGAAGAUGCAAGGAUGUUGAAGGCCAUUCAGAGUAUAAUGGAGAAACAGCUGAAAAAUGAGGUAGCCAUACUGAACAAUGUCACAGAGGACCUGAGGCUGAAGGAUUGGGAACAUUCCCUUACUUUGAAAAGUCUAACGUUAGCCCAGGGGCCUCCUGGACCAAAAGGUGACAAAGGUGAAGAAGGGGUAGCCGGGAUUCCUGGGUUACUUGGCAAUCCUGGAUUAAGAGGGUUAGAAGGUUUGCCUGGCCUUCCUGGACUACCAGGCCUCAAAGGAGAUCCGGGGGAGAGAGGAGCACCUGGAUACUCUGGACCAAAGGGACAAAAAGGUGGUUGGGGUCGCAGAGGUGACAAAGGGAAAAAAGGAGACAAAGGAGACAAAGGCGAUAUGGGAGAAAUGGAACCAGUCCUAAGGCUAGUGAAUGGCUCAGGACCUCACGAGGGCAGAGUGGAGAUUUUCUACGACAAGCUGUGGGGAACAGUCUGUGAUGAUAAAUGGGACAAAAUUGAUGGAGAUGUGAUCUGCAAGAUGUUUGGUUAUCAAGAGGCUACCGAAGUUCAUUCGGCAGACAAAUUUGGACAAGGUACUGGUCGUAUCUGGAUGGAUGAUGUUGCCUGUGAAGGAAUAGAGGACACAAUUCUUCAAUGCAAAUUCUCGGGAUGGGGCAAAACUAACUGUGGUCAUGCAGAAGAUGCUGGAGUAACCUGCAAGGUCACCUGAUUCAAGGAGAACAUCCUAAAUCAUUUUAAAGGGCAUCAUCAGCUUUCAUUGGGCUUCAUUUUUUUAAUCUUGGUCUAUUUUUUAUAUGAAAACUUUAACAAAAAGCGAACCUACAUUAUUUUUCAUUUCAAUAUAAUUUGAUGGCAUAAUAUCCACAAUGUUAUUCCAUAAGUAUUAUGUGUGAAAGUGAUAAGGUCAUUAUUACAAAUAUUAGUUAAGCUAUUUGGUAAUUACUAAAGGAAAUAGGCCUGAUUUCCUUACAGUAUCUGCUGAAUCCUGGCACCAAUUCUGAUAAGCAACAACACAAUAAAUAUUAAUUGUUGUUAUUUGCUCCAACUAUGGUGCUAUAUUAAAAUAUUUGUGUUGUGUAUAUCUGGGACAGAUUGAUGCUCCAAGCCUCUGAGACAAAAAUCAGAACUGGUUACCUUUAUUUUCUCAGAUGCAGUUUAAUCCAUUCAGUUACAUAGUCGAUGUAUUACGGCGUCAUGUCACGCAUGUUUUUAAAGAAUAAUCUGUAAUUGGCAAUGCAAUAGUGCAAUGCAUUGGUGCUCCAAGGCACAAGAGCGGUGUGAUACAAACUUGUGCUCAUGAUUCCUCUCGUGACAGGUUUCUGAUCUCAGUCGUGUCAUUAGUUGCUGCUCAGUGGAAAUCAUGCCCUUUCCUGGAGGAGGGUGAAACAUCCUGGGCUUCUCUUUGUAUACAAAUCUAAGCUAAAACUGUAGAGAGGGUCAAAGCUGAAUAUUUGAUUAUGCAGUCUAAAGUUUAUACUUUUGAAUUAUAAACAAUAUGAUAUAUGCAGUACUGUAAUAAAAGUAAUUAAUAAUGUAAUAAUAGUAACAUACAUCUAGAUGUCACUUUCACAUAUCAGAAAUAUUGGGUCUACUUUGGGAUAUUACUUAACAAUAACGAUAAUAUGUGAGAACAGGCCUCGAGACGUUCUCCUCCAGAGUUCUGGUAAUGAUAUUCCUUACUUCUGAAUAUGGAAGGGUAUCAUUUUCAUAACUCAAAGCCUAACAAUUCCUCAAUCUAACAUGUUGGAAACUGAUUUAAAGAAAAAUAAAAUUGCAGAGAAGAAAAUAUAAAAGUAACUGGAUGUUUAGAGUUUGAUGUCUGGAGGACAUAGAGUGACCUACUUUGCAUUGUAACAGUUCUGUGUCAUUUAAAUCCCCAAUACUCUACUUUGUCCCCUAAAAGGAUAUGUAACCUAUCUGCACUACACUGUAGAGUAUUCAAUAGCUUACCACUAAAAGUUCUACUCUAUCAUUCCACGUAGCCCAGAUACAUCUUACCAUUGUGUGGUUCUCUUAGCUGAGGGAAGAACAACUGAUGAAACUUGCUCCAAAAAGUGGUGGUUCAAAGCAAAAGGCACUAUUUGGCUCUAGUGCUAUGAGAUUUUUCACAUCAGUCCAUAAAAAUAUUCAGCAUAGAAAGGAGCCAAUUGGCCAAAUAUGUCUGUGGCAAAAUGCUACGGGAGAACUAUUAUCUAUCACCACACAGGUUUUCUGCUUUUCUGGAAGGAAGUUUUGGGAAUGCAUUUAUUGUAACUCCUUUGAAUGACCCAGUUACUACAAUAGGAAUAAGAUCAAAGCAGUACAAAAAUACAGAUGGAAAUGCUAGUUUUCUACAAAGUUAUAAUCAAUAUAAUUUGGGAGUAUUUUUACAAAGAAUUAAGUUUCUGAAUGGGCUUUUAUAUGAUUUCACUUUUAUUUGAAUUGUAAAGAUUGUGAUUAAUUCCUAUUUUUAUGUUACAAUGUGGUUAAUUCAGUCAUUAAUAGUAAGACCCCAAACAAAUGAAUGGUAUGCUGCACACAUCCACCUGUACAUAAAUGUCUGCAAUGGUUUCAGAAUACUUACAGGUACUAUUUGAACGUCAGCUUACAAAACUGAAUGUAAAAUAAUUGCAAAUUAAAAUGUGGCAUUGAU